AUGAGUACUCUUGAAAAUGCCCCAGCUCAGCAGGAGCAACUGAAGCGCAGCAGUCGAAAGAAGACACCCAAGGCCUUGACACUACAGACGGAUGGGGUCGUAACCUCCAUCCACACAUUCAUCCAGGACGCCACGCCUGAGAUCGCGGUCAAGCCGCAGGAUAAUGUGUCCGAUGCUACGAACGCCGAAGAUUCGGCGGGCUCAAACAGCGAUGAACGAGCCGACGCGUCUGAGGCCUCAUGGUGGUCACCGUCCGAAGCACGACCGGUGGGCGCUGCCAGCAGCGGGUUUCGCGGCGUGCUGAGCAAGGAUCUAUGGGAAACCACCUCCCUGUACGACUGGAGUGGUGUCCUUAUAUCAGGAUUGAAAUGA